AUGAGCAACAAAAUAUCAAAUCUCACAUCUACACAAAAUAAGCCCCUCCUGGUUACGCAACAAUUAAUUGAAAAAUAUUACGAACAGAUCCUAGGCAGCUCUCAAAACAUAAUCCCCAUUUUGAACCCUAAGAGAAAGUCUGGUAAGUUUGACAAGGAUAACGUUAAUGUUGGAAGAGCGGUGGAAAAUGCUCGCAAAGGACUGCAAGCUGGUAAGAACAAGACUGCGAACAAAGUAAACUUCAAUUUGGACACUGGAGACGAGGAGAAGCCUGACGACGGGCAAGAGACAGUCACGGAGAAUGACGAUAUAGAAAUGGUCGAAGCGGAUGAAGAGGAGGAGGAGGGAGAGCAGAGAAUAUCAUUGGCCAGUAAAUGCAAAUCAUUUCUUUACAACGUCUUUGUGGGCGACUAUGAAAGGGACAUUCUUAUCGACAAAAUCUCUUCACAAAAGCAACAUGCAAUGUCUUAUGAAGAAUGGUGUUCUGCAGGUACAAGGCUGGAUGACCUCACUAGAAAAACAGCUUGGAAACAAAAGUUGGAAUGUCCCCUGUAUGAUUACAAGCUAAUAAAGGACUUAACGUCCAGAAUGCGCGAAGAACGGUUAAAUAGGAACUACGCUCAACUAUUGUACAUUAUUAGGACUAAUUGGGUGCGGAAUCUAGGAAACAUGGGGAAUGUGAACCUUUAUAGGCAUUCUCACGUUGGUACUAAGUAUUUGAUUGAUGAAUACAUGAUGGAAUCCAAGCUAGCACUUGAGUCCCUUAUGGAAUCUGAUCUUGAUGAUAGUUACCUGUUGGGUAUACUGCAGCAAACAAGGAGGAACAUUGGCAGAACCGCUUUGGUGCUUAGUGGGGGUGGCACUUUUGGCCUUUUCCACAUUGGUGUCCUAGGCACAUUAUUUGAAUUGGAUUUGUUACCCAGAGUUAUCAGUGGCAGCAGCGCCGGUGCCAUCGUGGCGAGUAUAUUAUCUGUCCAUCAUAAAGAAGAGAUCCCAGUUUUACUGAAUCAUAUCCUGGAGAAGGAAUUUAACAUUUUCAAAGACGACAAACAGAAAAGUGAAAGCGAAAAUUUACUAAUCAAGAUAUCCAGGUUUUUCAAAAAUGGUACGUGGUUUGAUAACAAGCAUCUUGUUAAUACAAUGAUAGAAUUUUUGGGAGAUUUAACCUUUAGGGAAGCAUACAACAGAACUGGGAAAAUUCUGAAUAUAACAGUUUCACCGGCAUCAUUAUUCGAGCAGCCGCGUUUGCUAAAUAACUUAACUGCACCAAAUGUGCUUAUUUGGUCUGCUGUAUGCGCAUCGUGUUCAUUACCGGGAAUUUUUCCCUCCAGUCCACUUUAUGAGAAGGAUCCCAAGACGGCAGAAAGGAAACCAUGGACUGGCAGUAGUUCCGUCAAAUUUGUCGACGGUUCUGUGGACAAUGACUUGCCUAUAUCGCGUCUUUCUGAAAUGUUCAAUGUAGACCAUAUUAUUGCGUGCCAAGUGAAUAUUCAUGUUUUUCCCUUUCUGAAGCUAUCUUUAUCUUGUGUUGGUGGUGAAAUUGAAGACGAAUUUAGUGCAAGAUUAAAACAGAAUUUAUCGAGCAUAUACAACUUUAUGGCCAACGAAGCCAUUCAUAUCUUGGAAAUUGGAAGCGAGAUGGGGAUUGCGAAAAAUGCUCUUACAAAGCUAAGAUCGGUGUUAUCUCAGCAAUACUCUGGCGACAUCACCAUUUUGCCAGAUAUGAAUAUGCUUUUCAGAAUAAAGGAGCUAUUAUCUAAUCCGACAAAAGAGUUUUUAUUGCGGGAAAUUACCAACGGUGCAAAAGCUACAUGGCCCAAAGUAUCCAUCAUCCAAAAUCACUGUGGUCAAGAGUUUGCCUUGGAUAAGGCAAUCUCUUAUAUCAAGGGUCGGAUGAUUGUCACGUCCUCCUUGAAAACCCCUUUGCAAUUUGCAGAUUCAAUAAUUGGUUUAAUUAAGGCCCCAGAACAAACCUUAGAAGAGUCCAAAGACCCAGCGAACACGACUUUGCUAACCAGGACACCUACCAAGGGCGCUAAUCAUUUUUCCAAUGUCUUGGAUGACAACCUGUUAGAAUCCGAAUCCACAAAUUCUCUGUUGCUGUUACGUGAAAAUGUAAGCACAUACGGACGCUCACCUUCGGGGUUCAGGCCGCGGUAUUCUAUUACUUCAGCCUCGCUGAAUCCACGUCAUCAAAGAAGAAAAUCGGACACUAUUUCAACUUCAAAACGCCCAGGCAAAUCUUUCUCAUUUUCAGUUGCCUCUCCAACAUCGAGAAUUUUAAGACAAUCUAACAAAAUCAAUGGAUAUGCACCCCCAAUACUGCAAAAAAAGGCAAGCACGGGUCGAUUGAUGUUUCCCAUGGACGUCAAAGCCUAUGAUCCGGAAUCUCAUGAACUCGUCCCACACUCUGCUAGUAUCGAAGCACCCGCAAUGGUAGAUAAGAAACUGCAUUUUGGCCGAAAAAACAAAUAUUUAAAGCAUUUGAACAAAAAAUGGGUCAGCAGUGGCAACAUAUUGUAUGCCGAUCCAGAUAAAGAAGAUCAUCCCACAUUGAGAUUGAUAAGUAAUUUCGAUGCAAACUCAACCAUUUAUAGUGAUCUAGCGGAUAAUUUCAGGCGUCAUAGCGUUGAUGGAAGACCGUCUUCUCAGGCAAUGAAGAGCUCACCGUCUCAAUCAAGGCCUUCAUCUUCAGCGCAGCAUAAAGGCACAGCUAAUAUUUCCUAG